AUGACCGGCGAGUGUGUCAUAGUCAGCGCAGCCAGUCACGAGCGAGUGCUGAAGAAUAGCGCCAACCAAGUCCAAGUCGGCGCAGCCAAUCACGAGCGUGGCCCCAUUGGAGACGAGCAGCAUACUUUAGUGGAGACUAAAAAGGCUGUCCAUAAAGGCUUUUGGGACCUGGCCAUGUCGUCCCAAAUGUCUCUUAUCAAAGAUCAUCCCCGCAUCACGAAGUCCACUUCAGACUCUUCUUCGUCUUCGUCAUCCUCCGCCAGCGAGAGCCUGAGGGGUCUCACCGGCCUGGAUCGUUGGAUCUGCGCCAGCGUGGGUCCAGUGGUUCGGCUGGCACGAUUCUGGCGGUCUGGCCUGACGCAUGAGCGAGUAUCAAGACUGAACUCCCAUGGUGUGUCGGAUGCCUCCAACGAGGCAACAAAAAACCACGCCGAGUCGUAUUUCUCAAGACGGGAGAACAGACUAUCAGCUAGAAAAAAGGCAGAAGAGGAGAUCGCGCGAAAUGAUUAUAAAAAGGCACGUGAUGCUACGUACGAUUUUGUUUUCUUUCACGUUUUGCAGAUGUAUGAGAAAGCACUGGCCACUAAUCAGAGGCUCAAGUCAAGACUGGAAACCAGUAAGCAGGAAUUGGUUGUGAUUCAGGAGCAACUGCAAAGAGCUCAGGACAGUCGGAGUCUAAGGAAGAAGAUAUCCGACAUGGAAGAUCAAGUGAAGGCCAAAGUAGAACUCCACACGGAAAACCAAAGACUGAAGGAUGAAAAUGGAGCGUUGAUCCGUGUCAUCACUAAAUUAUCCAAGUGA